AUGUCCCAAGUAGAGCUCGGAUGGAGGAGAUUCAACUUCUUCGAUAAAUUCAUUAUCAAUGAUCCCGAGAAACCGGGCGAAAGAUUUCUUGGAUUAAAGGAUGUCGUUGUGGAUUGUUGUGCAAGUGUCGGAGAUGUUGUUUAUUUGGGUGAAGAGAAAGGAGCCGUAUUUCGAGUCACAAAAGACUUCAAAGAAUAUUUCUGGCGUUGUUUCCAGCAUUCACUCGCCCAUUUGAAAGCCGUCGGAGCGAUUUUGCUUUCUGUUGGGAAAGACGAGCCGACAGAGUCGUUGAUAAAAAUUUGGAACACCGAUCAAUUGGAGAAAGGAUCGCCGCUGUUGAUGAGAACGAUUAGAAUCGGUCACGCUCAAGCGCGCACAAGCACAAAAUGCACAAUGGUGACCGGGGAUUCGAAUUUGAGAGCAGUCGCUAUCGGCUUUGAUGAUGGAACGGUGGCUGUGUACAUUGGAGAUAUUCUUAAAGAUCGGGCAGUGACAAGUCAAUGGCUUCGCGUUCGCGACUCCUCACCACAAGAUGGACCAAUCACUGGUCUCUGUUUAUCGACUCUUUCCACCACCUCUGGCCCGAUGUUCGUCCUUUUUGUGCUGACUCCGAAAAUCAUUCAAAGUCAUCUAAUCGAAAAUAAAACAAUAAUGCAUACGUUGAGACACAAUUCCCCGAACAUGAAUGGAGUCGAUCGAAUGUGUUGGGCUUUCGACGAGAUACGACAAGAAUUAGUUGUCGCCAAUCGUGAUAUGGUCUUCUUUUUCAAUGCCCAACAGUGCCUCGAUCCAAACAAUACACAGGGUAAAUGUCAUGCAUUGGGAAGAGCUCACGAUACUCUGCAACUCGUCGAAGCCGAUGGAUUCAUUGCCUUGUUGACCCGUCAACCAGCGCUCAUCCCAACCUCCGAGGCUGAAUGGAUGUCCCUUGUCUCUGUCUAUGAUGUAAACAAUAAAUACAUUGGUUUCUCGUGUUCUCUUCCCUCGGCAUGCACAUUGAUUCGACUGGGAAGCACGAUUAUGAUAUUGAGCCGUGACGGUACUUUGUCAGCUCUUGUUCCUAAACAUCUUAACGCAAAACUCGAGAUUUUGUAUCGAAAGAAUUUCUAUGAUGUUGCGCUGAGUUUGGCGAAGAAAUGCGAGGAAGCGGUAGAUAAAUUGCCGACAAUACACGCGAAAUAUGCUGAUUAUUUGUACAGCAAAGGCGACUUCGCGAACGCCAUCGAGCAGUACAAGGACACGAUGGGACAUCUCGAGCCAUCGUAUGUCAUUAAGAGAUUCCUCGAUGCAUCCAAGAUUCAACAAUUGUGUGCAUAUUUGGAGACCCUUCACGCGAAACGCCUCAACAACUCUCAUCACACGACCAUUUUAAUCAAUUGCUAUGCGAAAAUGGCUGACAAGUCGAAGAUCCGAAAGUUCGUUGAGCAAACAACGAAGGAAAACUGCGAUCUAGAGGCGGCGAUCAGUGUAUUACGAUCCUCAAGCCUUUACGAACCGGCCUCUCUAUUGGCUUUGAAGCAUCAAAUGCAUGGACAUCAUUUGAGGAUUCUCAUUGACGAUCAGAGGAAAUAUGAUCGAGCCAUUCGAUAUCUACAAUCACUUGACCCGAUUAUUGCGGUUGACUACCUAGAAGAAUACGGUCGUUCCCUUCUCGAGGCGCAGCCUGAAGAAACGAUGAAGUUGAUUACGAAAACGGUGGCCUCAAUAAAAGAAAACGAUUUCGAUGCAUCACGUUUGUUGAAAGUGUUCAUCGUGGAUUCAUCAAAAAGCACUCAAUUCAUUGAGACAAUUAUUGAUAAGGUACCUCCCAUCUGUGCGCUUACCCUCAAGCAAACGAUCAUCGAGCUCCGUUUGAGGGAAUAUGUGAGAGAAAAGGGGAAUUUGCAAAUCGAUACUUUCAUGUCAAACGUGAUCCCGUUAAUCAGUGAUGACACUGAGGAUCAUGCUCUACAAUUGGCUCGGAUAUUCGACUGUCCACCCCUACAACGAUUCAUUCUUGAAAGGAGUGAGAAAAAAUCGCCGGAUCUCAUCCAAUUCUACAUCAAACAAGGAAAACUAAAAGAUUUGAUUGAAAGCUGUAAAAAGAGAAAGGAUCGAUCACUUUGGCUGGAAACGCUUGUUUUCAUUUCUCAAAUACGAGAACCGAUUGAGGAAAGAUUGCUGAAAGAAAUGCUUGAUGAGAUCUCGUCGGAGAAUCUCGUCCAUCCGCUUGUCGUUCUCGAAAUUUUAUCGCGAAGUGAGACACUCAAAGUGUCAACUGUUCGCGAAUAUGUGAUUCAAUGGCUACAAAAACAGGAAAAACAGAUUUCCGAGGACAAGAAAGCGAUUGUCGAGAGUGAGAAACGAAUGGUCGAGGUACAAGCAGAGACGGAGAAACUUCAUUUCAAAGUACAAACGAUUCAAGCGGCAAAAUGUUGUGCCUGUGCGACCGCUCUUCAACUGCCCGCCAUUCAUUUCCUAUGCAAGCAUAGUUUCCACGUACAUUGCUUUGAGUCUUAUGCCGAACAAGCUGAUGCCUGUCCGGCUUGCGCUGCCAAAUACACACCGUCAGAGCAAAGGAUUGCUCAAACCGAAAAGCUGAUGCAAAAGGGCGCUCACGCAAUUUUCCAAAAUGAGCUCAAAAACAGCUCAAAUGGGAUCAGCAUCGUUGCGGAUUAUGUGGGAAGAGGCUUGUUCAGCGCGACAAGUAACACAGCUGCAAGUGUUCGGGCUUCUCACUCAACGGAUGCGCCAAGAAACAACUAUUCGACGAAUCCUUUCGAUGAAGAUAAUGGAGAUGAGAGAUCAUCGAAUACAACAAGCUCUGGAGGACCGACACUACUAAGUAGGCAGAUCAGUCGUGUUGGUCGAGUCCCAUCAGGCACAAAACCACAAACGAUUAGUCGAAAUCCCUUUGACGAGUCGACCAAUCCUUUUGAUAGCGAUGAA